UCCUGCACAACCCCCUUCUCCCCCUCCUCCUUCUACCACAGCAAAGACAGGGCCUCAGUGGCUCCGCGCGCGCCGGGAGAACUACAACUCGCAGCAGGCAGCGUGGCGGGCGGGCGGCCCUCGGCGGUGCCCGCAGGACCCCGGAGCGGGCGCGGGCUGCCCGGCGCGGCGCCCGCAGGACCCCGGCAGCUACCCAUGCCUAGGUGAGUUCGCGUGAGCCGCCGCCGCCGCCGUCCCGUCCCCGCCGCCGCCCCGCGCGGCCCCGCCGCCGGCCAGGAUGCUGGAGGAAGCAGGAGAGGUGCUGGAGAACAUGCUGAAGGCGUCGUGCCUGCCGCUCGGCUUCAUCGUCUUCCUGCCCGCCGUGCUGCUGCUCGUGGCGCCGCCGCUGCCCGCCGCCGACGCGGCGCACGAGUUCACCGUGUACCGCAUGCAGCAGUACGACCUGCAGGGACAGCCCUACGGCACGCGGAACGCGGUGCUUAACACGGAGGCGCGCACCAUCGACGCAGAUGUGCUGAGCCGGCGCUGCGUGCUCAUGCGGCUGCUGGACUUCUCGUACGAGCGUUACCAGCGCGCCCUACGCCAGUCGGCCGGUGCCGUGGUCAUCAUCCUGCCGCGGGCCAUGGCCGCGGUGCCGCAGGACGUCAUCCGGCAAUUCAUGGAGAUCGAGCCCGAGAUGCUGGCCAUGGAGACCAUCGUGCCCGUGUACUUUGCCGUGGAGGACGACGCCCUGCUGUCCAUCUACGAGCAGACGCAAGCUGCGUCCGCCUCCCAGGGCUCCGCCUCUGCCGCCGAAGUGCUGCUUCAUACCGCCACCGCCAGCGGCUUCCAGAUGGUCACCAGCGGGCUCCAGAGCAAGGCCGUGAGCGACUGGCUCAUCACCAGCGUGGAGGGGCGGCUGACCGGGCUGGGCGGAGAGGACCUGCCCACCAUCGUCAUCGUGGCCCACUACGACGCCUUCGGGGUGGCCCCGUGGCUGUCGCACGGCGCGGACUCCAACGGGAGCGGCAUCUCCGUGCUGCUGGAGCUCACCCGUCUCUUCUCCAGGCUCUAUACCUACAAGCGCACCCACGCCGCGUACAACCUCCUGUUCUUUGCGUCUGGAGGAGGAAAGUUCAACUACCAGGGCACCAAGCGCUGGUUAGAAGACAAUCUGGACCACACAGAUUCCAGCUUGCUCCAGGACAACGUGGCCUUCGUCCUCUGCCUGGACACCCUGGGCCGGGGGGACAGCCUGCACCUGCACGUGUCCAAGCCGCCCAGGGAGGGGACGCUACAGCACUCCUUCCUGCGGGAGCUCGAGACGGUGGCCGCCCACCAGUUCCCCGAGGUGCGGUUCUCCAUGGUGCACAAGAAGAUCAACCUGGCGGAGGACAUCCUGGCCUGGGAGCAUGAGCGCUUCGCCAUCCGCCGGCUGCCUGCCUUCACCCUGUCCCAUCUGGAGAGCCACCGUGACGGCCAGCGCAGCAGCAUCAUGGACGUGCGGUCCCGGGUUGACUCUAAA